AUGGACGUCACGGGGCUGCGACACCGCAUCCACGAGGCGUAUAAGAGCACGGCGGAGCUGCUGCUAUCGGCGCGCAGCGCGACGGCCUUCGCGGAGAAAGGCGUCCUCACGCCGGACGAAUUCGUCGCGGCUGGGGAUAACUUGGUGGCCAAAUGUCCCACGUGGUCCUGGGAAGGAGCGGACCCCUCUCGCCGACGAAGUUUCCUGCCUGCUGACAAGCAGUACCUCAUCACUCGCAACGUCCCCUGUCUGAGGCGAGUGGGGGCGAUGGAGGAGGAGGUGCUGCUGGCGACAGGUGGCAGCGAGACAUUGGUCGAUGCUGACGUGGACGGGGAUGGCAACGAGCCCUGGGUCGCCACGUCAAAGCUCGGCGGCGCUGCAGGUGCAGGGUCAGCAGAGCAGCAACAGGACUCGCUUCCCUCAAUUGAGGCAGCAGCGACCCCAGCAGCCUUGGGAGGGGAGGGCGGGGGAGCGGGAGCAGGGGAAAAGAGGGCUGGAGGAGCAACGGGGGGAGAUGAAGAGGAGGAGGACGUACCUGAUAUAGCGGAAUUCGAUGAUGUGGAUAAUGUUCUCGAUGCUGACCCUGCGGCACUACAGCUUGGGGGAGGGGGGUAUCUAGUUGCAACAGAGCCAGAGGACGACCAUAUUCUGCAGACCCGCACCUACGACCUCACCAUCACAUACGACAAGUACUAUCAAACUCCAAGAAUCUGGCUUUUUGGUUAUGAUGAGCAACGGCAGCCCCUGGCAGCAGAGCGAGUGUUUGAGGAUGUGAGCCAAGACCAUGUGAAGAAAACAGUCACCAUUGACGACCAUCCGCACCUUCCAGGAAAGUACGCAUCGGUGCACCCAUGCAAGCAUGCAGCGGUGAUGAAGAAGAUCAUCGGAAUCAUGGCAGCCAAUUGCGUGCAGCCGCGUGUCGACCAGUACGUGCCUCUCACGUCUUUCAUUGCUUGUUUUCUUCUUCAUGCACCGCCGUCUCGCGUGUUGUCUAAGCAGGGUUGA